GAACGAGACUCCGCCCCUUCCGGACUUAAAGAGCCGCGGCUGGGCAGGGCGGCGGGCACACGCGCGGAUACCCCAAGUCAACGCAUCUAUAUCUACGCUCCACAGGAGUCUACGGCAACGUCAGAGCCAAGAUGGGGCAGAAGGAAAUCAUCUGCAGCUGGAAGAAAACUGUCAGCAACAUCAAGGAUGUGUUCGACUUCAAAGGAAAAAUGGGAUCGGGGUCGUUCUCUGAGGUUUACAUGGUGAGAGAGAAGAAAACGGGUCAUCUUUACGCCCUGAAGUGUCUGAAGAAGAAGCACCUCACUCACAGCAACCUGGAAAAUGAAAUCAACGUACUGAAGAGGAUAAAACAUGAUAACGUCAUAGGAUUGGAGGACUUUUAUGAAAGCCGAACACAUUACUACCUUGUCAUGCAACUGGUGUCCGGCGGUGAACUGUUUGAUCGCAUUUUAGACAAAGGGGUUUACACUGAGAAGGACGCCAGCAAAGUCAUCAAACAGGUGCUGGAGGCUGUCAGCUAUCUUCAUAAAAACAGCAUAGUGCACAGAGAUCUGAAGCCGGAGAACCUGCUGUACUACAACAUGGACGAGAAUGCUAAGAUCAUGGUCAGUGACUUUGGUCUGUCUAAGACACUUGAGCAUGGAGUCAUGUCUACAGCCUGUGGCACCCCGGGUUAUGUUGCUCCUGAAGUUUUGGCUCAGAAGCCCUACAGCAAAGCAGUGGACUGCUGGUCCAUUGGAGUUAUCACUUACAUCCUACUCUGUGGCUACCCUCCGUUCUUUGAAGAAAAUGAGACUCGUCUGUUUUCAAAGAUCAUGAGGGCUGAGUAUGCCUUCCAUUCACCUUUCUGGGAUGACAUCUCUGAGUCAGCCAAAGACUUCAUCCGGAACAUGAUGGAAAAAAACCCAACGAAACGCUUCACUACUGAACAGGCACUCCGGCAUCCGUGGAUUGCUGAAAGCACAGCCAAAGACCUGGACAUUUAUCAGUCUGUCUGUGAACAGAUGGGGAGAAACUUUGCCAAAUCCAAAUGGAAGCAAGCCUUCAAUGCAGCUUCAGUGGUCCACCACAUGAUGAAACUGCAGCUGUCCCACAGCGAGCCCUUCCCCUCGCCCCUCUCUCUGCCCAACAUCCUAGUGGAGUCUUCUUCUCUGGCCGACUCUGAGCCGUCGAAUCCCUGCUGUGAUGAGGAGGACCCCCUUGACCCUAACGGGAACCCCAUCGUGACGGCGAGUCUUUCACGGAGCGCUAACACGGAGUCCGGCAGAGAGACGUCUCUGCUCUUCAGAUCCAGUCACAGCGAACCUGGCGGCACGCCUGCCGUCAUGGCAGAUCCAAGAGACGCCGCCCACAGCUUCCAUUCAGAAGGAGACACUCAUUUCAGGCCGUCUCCCAGCUUGGAAGUUGUGGGUCAGAGGAAGGAACAGCCGCUUCAGUCUGGAGUCUGUACAAUCAUGUAAUGAUUCUGAAGUUGGCCUGAGUCCUUGAUCCUCCUUGACACGCCUGCUGCUGAACGCCAUCAGAUUCAGAGACAAUAUACACGCUAAAAAUGUUUAAAACUGAUUAACUUCAAUAAUAUGUUCAAAGAUAGACACAGAUUGAAAAUGAUUAUUCAUUGAUAAUGAAGCCCAGUGUGUAACAGAACUCUGUGCUUGUCUAAUAUAGACAUAGAUCAUUUAAAUAAUCUCCUGUAUUUAUUUUCCACUGAUAUUUGAAUUCGGUUGGAAUUGGAAUGGUAUUAUGAUGUUUUAACUUCAAAGUCCUGUCACUUGUGAUCCGUUUGUGUCUAUUGUGUCUGUGCAUAUUUGCUCUGCUUGUCUCCUGUAUUUCUGGCAUUGGCAGGAAUCCAACGAAGGCCGCUGAAGAGUUCAAACUGGUUUUUGUCCUCCACUCUGAGCCAGACACUUGCCAUUUCACUCAUGAGCCCACUAUGUAACGUGAUCUCAUUUGUCGCACAUUUCACCACUGCAUAUGUCAGGGCAUAAAAAAAAACAGCCAUAAGUGAAAGUUUGAAUGAGUUCAUGGUCAAUCACCCAGGCAGUCUUUAAAAGUGCUUAGGUGUCUGGAAAAUGCAUGUUUUGGUUAUUGACAGUCUUCUGGGCCUGCUCUGUUUUUACUGCUGGCGCUGAAUCAUGCUGAUGCGGAUGUUAGUAAAACUUUGCCACAGCGCCACUGAAUCCCAUCAAAAGGCUGAUUGCUGUGCUUUUCUCUCAUACGCCUGCAAGUUGCUCUCAUAACUAAAGUGAUAAAGUGCCACAAGCUGGUGAAAAGAUGCUGUCGACACUAGAGAUGCACCGAUAACAGAAUCUGUGGUCGAUUUCAGUUUAUUUUUUUCUAAAGCUUUAAGCUGCCAAUAAAGACUUUAUCAUAUGAGGAUCUUUUAGAAGACAUAAUUAAGGGUUAAGUAUGUUAAUCCAGUGUGACACGAUUCUCUUUUUGCACCAGAAAAGAGAAUCUGAGCAGCAGUAAUAACAUGCAAAGCCAGGCAUUUUCGAGACGUCUCAUUGAUACCGGAAAUGGCAGACUUUGAAUUUUCUUCUUCUUUGAAUUUUCUUCUUUGUAAGAACGUCUGCAUCGCAAAGUGUCGGUGGCGCUUUCUGAGCAGAAGCAGCUCUGAUCCUAUUGUUGCUGGACGGCUUUUCGACGUUCAGAGAUUUUUUAGCAAAUCGUCCGGUUCAGACCAGCCGCCCAUUUCUCGAUGCAUCUCUGGUCGACACUAGUGAUGCCAUGUGAGACUGUAUUUCCAUAGAGAGUACAGUGCAUUUUUGUAUUGUUUUCACAUUAAAUAUAUGGUGACUGAU